AUGUCUCAAGCGGAGUUGGACAGAGUAAGCGUGUGUCCUAGUAAAUGUUAUCUGUCAGGAGAUGGCCAUUGGAGGGCUACCAUCUCUAGACCAGCGUAUUUCAGUCUCCAUUUGGUAGCAAUUGAUGGAUCUCCAUAUGUAGAGCCUGUCCCCCCCAGAGAUAUAUCCUGUCAACUUGUUUCCACAGUUAAUGGCCGGACAAAGUACGUCCGACCACGGCUUGUCACUAUUAAAGCGAGAUCCCAAUACGAGUUUUCAUACACAAUGACACACACUUCUCCUGAGGCUACAUUGUUCAUCAAGGUAAAUGGGGACGAUGUGGCAGGCUGCCCUUGCUCUGUUGCAUUGAGUGUGCCUAUAGCACUCCAUGCUAUAAACUCUGGGCCAGUGGAGGUGAUGGGAGAUUUAGACUCACCGUAUGCCAUUGCUGUACAAAGUGACCGGAAGAGAGUUGUUACAGAGUGUGAUAAAGUAUGCAUAUACGAUCAUGAUGGUGUUAAAGAAAUAACAAUAGGAUCGAAAGGGGGAAGCUCUGGGCAGUUUAACUACCCACAUGGGAUCACUGUGGAUGCUACUGACAAUAUGUACGUUGCAGAUUCAGGCAACCACAGGAUUCAGAAGUUUUCUAAGUCUGGCGAGUUUUUAGCAUCAGUUGGUCAAGAAGGCAAGAAAACAUUGCAGUUUAAGAAUCCUCAAGGUGUUUUUAUCGAUGUCAUCACACGGAAAAUAUUUGUAGCAGACACUGGAAAUCACAGAUUGCAAGUACUUCAUAAUGACUUAUCGUUUUCGCAUGUAUUUGGUAAGAAAGGAAGUGGACCAGGCCAUUUCAAUCACCCCAGCGAUGUGUGCGUGUCACUUACUAGCUUUGUCUAUGUUGCCGACACGGACAAUAAUCGAAUACAGGUACUAAAUGUAGAUGGCAGCUUUGUGAGACUGUUUGGACAUGUAGGUAGCCCUGAGCGAUGCUUAGAUAAACCACUGGGGAUAGCUGUGGAUUGUAUGGACACUGCAAUUGUCACAAGCUCAUUAAAUCAUCGUGUGUUCAUUUUUGAUCCUCACGGAAAUAUCCUGCUCAUUCUUGGUAAAAGAGGAGAUUUUGGACAGUUGAGGCGAAGUCAGUGCAGAGAGCUAAUGUGUGGAGGUGGUGUUGGGGAGUAUAGUGUGCCAACAGGUGUGACCAUCGAUACUGGUGGAUUUGUUUAUGUUAUAGAUAGGAUAAACAAACGUAUGCAGAUGUAUCUGUGACGGCUGGUCGGUCGCUUUUGUCAAUGAG